AUGAUUAGUGCUGACCAUGCCCGUUUGAUUAGUGAAAAUAGAAGGUAUAUGAAAUCUAUAAUAUUAUCAGUGCGUAUGCUUGCCAUUCAAGGGAGUGCCUUUCGUGGUCAUAGAGAAAAUGAAGAAAGUUUGAAUCGUGGAAACUUUAUAGAUGUGAUGAACUUAAUUGCUUCAUUUGAUGAUACUGUAUACAAAAAAUUGAAUGGACCUAAAAAUGCUAGAUAUCUUCAUCACUCUAUUCAAACUGAAGUAGUUCAUAUAAUGGCUAAUAAAAUGGUUCUUAAUAAAAUAUCUUAUGAAAUUAAUUUUGUAUCAUGCUUCUCUAUAAUGGCUGAUGAAACUAAAGAUAUUACUAAUACCGAGCAAUUGUCUAUAGUAAUUAGGUAUUACUACCAAGAUGAAAUAAAAGAAAGAUUUUUAGGGUUUACUCCUUUAAAAAAAUUAGAUGCUAACUCCUUAUUUUUGCAUAUAAAAAAUCUAUUAUGUAACUGUAAAAUCGAUAUAAAUAAGUGUGUGGCACAAACCUAUGAUGGGGCAAAUGUAAUGAAGGGACAUAUUAGUGAUGUUCAAGCACUUUUCAGAAAAGAAGUUCCCUAUGCCCAUUAUAUUCAUUGCAAUAAUCACAGACUAAAUUUGGUAUUAGUAGAUGUAGCUAAAAAUGUAGAAGAAGCAGAUAAAUUUUUUUCAUUACUCCAAGAUAUUUAUGUUUUCAUGUCUGGAUCAACAAUACACAAUCAAUUUAUUGAACUACAGAAAAAAAGUUGGGAAAUAGCCUUAAAAUCUGUUUUAGAUAUUGAUUUGUUGCUUUUAAAUAAUAUAGUUUUAGAAAAAACAGAUAGAUCUUCUGAAGCUGUUGGUUUAUUGAUUCAUAUUGUUAGUAAAUAUCUUCAAGAUGUAAAUGCUGAUAUAAGCAGAGCUAUUAUUUUAAUACAAGCAACAAAAGAUUCAUUCGAUAAUCGUAGAAAUUAUGAGAUAUCACAUCACAAUUUGUAUGAAGAAGUAGAAAAAAAAGCUAUUUCACUGAAUAGAAUGAUUUCUGAAAUUGAUAAGCGCUUUAUGGCCAAUGAAUACUUUUUGAGUGGUAUAACUGCAUUAUAUCCAGAAUCUACACAUUUUUGA